AUGGCAAGUCAUGAGACUGAAGCUACUUGCCAGCACAGGCCCACCUCUUUCUUUUCUCCUGGUUUUCUCCAGAGCUCCCUUAAACCGCCUGCUGUGCCCGACUUUUGCCAGGGCCAGAGAGAGUUUGUGUGGGUUCAGCGAAUCCCUGAGACCCGCUGGGUGGAGCACCAGUGGCUUAGCAAGCCACAGGUGACAGGAACUGAGAUUGGUAGUAACAGGUUUCAGCCCCUAGCUAUGGAGUUAUGCAAGAUCUUUCCAGAUUUCCUAAACCUGGGGCUCAUGAGGAAGGCAGUUUCCUGUCCUAGAGGAGGCGGCGAAUCACUUAUAAAUGGCGCCAAGCAGGGACCGAAGCCCAAAUUCCAGGAGGGCGAGCGAGUGCUGUGCUUUCAUGGGCCCCUUCUCUAUGAAGCAAAGUGUGUAAAGGUUGCCAUAAAGGACAAACAAGUGAAAUACUUUAUCCAUUACAGUGGUUGGAACAAAAAAAGUGCUGUGAGGCCCAGGCGCUCUGAAAAAUCUUUGAAGACACGUGAGGAUAUUGUAGCCCUUUUUCCUGUUCCUGAAGGAGCUCCCUCAGUACACCACCCCCUCCUGACCUCUAGUUGGGAUGAAUGGGUUCCAGAAAGCAGAGUUCUCAAAUAUGUGGACACCAAUUUGCAAAAACAGCGAGAGCUUCAAAAGGCCAAUCAGGAACAAUAUGCAGAGGGCAAGAUGAGAGGGGCUGCUCCAGGAAAGAAGACAUCUGGUCUGCAGCAGAAAAAUGUUGAAGUGAAAACCAAGAAGAACAAGCAGAAAACACCUGGAAAUGGAGAUGGUGGCAGUACCAGUGAGACACCUCAGCCUCCUAGGAAGAAGAGAGCCCGGGUAGAUCCUACAGUUGAAAAUGAAGAAACAUUCAUGAACAGAGUGGAAGUUAAAGUAAAGAUUCCGGAAGAGCUGAAACCAUGGCUUGUUGAUGACUGGGACUUGAUCACCAGACAAAAGCAGCUUUUUUAUCUUCCUGCUAAGAAGAAUGUGGAUUCCAUUUUGGAGGAUUAUGCAAAUUAUAAGAAAUCUCGAGGAAAUACAGAUAAUAAGGAGUAUGCCGUCAAUGAGGUUGUAGCAGGGAUAAAGGAGUACUUCAAUGUAAUGCUGGGCACUCAGCUGCUCUACAAAUUUGAGAGACCACAGUAUGCUGAAAUUCUUGCAGAUCAUCCUGAUGCACCCAUGUCCCAGGUGUAUGGAGCGCCACACUUACUGAGAUUAUUUGUGCGAAUUGGAGCAAUGUUGGCCUAUACACCUCUAGAUGAGAAAAGCCUUGCUUUAUUACUGAACUAUCUACAUGAUUUCCUCAAGUACCUGGCAAAGAAUUCUGCAACCUUGUUCAGUGCCAGUGAUUAUGAAGUGGCUCCUCCUGAGUACCAUCGGAAAGCUGUGUGAGGGGGCGUGCCCUCUCCCGCUCGUGCUUGGAUCUCUGUAAACAGUUUGGUUCUUAGUCCUUCUCUUGUACAAAUGAUGUACUUUGAAGACGCGUUAGUGUAUAACAGAAUUGAUGUUUGUUUUCUCUUUGAUUUUAAACAGAGAAAAUAAAAGGAGUCGCUGCUCCUUUUUCCUUUCUUUUUUUCAUUUCAAAGUUUCUACCAGUGUAUUCAGUGAUGGACAGCAGAGGGACAUUCUGUAGAGUGUUUUAUUGCCUAGUUGAUAAAGCUGCUUUUGAAUGCUGGUGGUUCUGUUCCUUUGACACUACGCACUUUUAUAUGUGUUAAUGCUCUAUGACAAAAUGCUCUGAUUCCUAGUGCCAAAGGUUCACUUCAGUGUAUAUAACUGAACACUCAUCCAUCUGUGCUUUUUUUUUUUUUUAAAUGGUGCUUAAAGAGCCCAUCCUUUGCCAGUCAUCCAUGUUGUUCCUUAGGCAUUUUAUCUUUGCUUAAUUGUUAAAGAAUGGUGGCUUGUUUCAUGGUUUUUGUAUUUGUGUCUAAUGCACGUUUUAACAUGAUAGACGCAAUGCAUCGUGUAGCUACAGUUUUAUGGAAAAGUCAAUCUUGUAGGAGUUCUUUUUCAGAUCUUCAAUAAAUUUUUUCUUUAAAUUUCAA